GGCGCUUGGGACAGCUGGGCAGCCCUCUGGCAGCUUUCUGCCCAAGGAGAAAUCCAGCUUUCCAGCUCCCUCAGAGGCCUUCAGCCCAGCUGGCACCAAGUGUCAGGGAACAAUUAGAGCGCGCGUUCGCUCGCUCGCCUGCCCGGUCCUAAAAAGUGAGUCUGCUCCCGGAUUUGCAAAAGCAGAAACAUUCGGGGCCCCGGCGGCGACAGCAGCAGCAAGAAGAGCGAAAAAGGUGAAAUUGUUUAAGGACUGACUCCGCUCCGGGUCCGGCGGCUGGGAUUCGGCCAUGGCAUCUGUCCUGGGAAGUGGCAGAGGGUCUGGAGGGCUAAGUAGUCAACUCAAAUGCAAGUGCAAGAGGAGGAGGAGGAGGAGGUCGAAGAGGAAAGACAAAGUGAGCAUAUUGUCAACCUUCCUCGCUCCCUUCAAGUACCUAAGUCCUGGCACCACAAACACAGAGGAUGAAGAUAAUCUCAGUACCAGCAGUGCAGAAGUGAAGGAAAACCGUAAUGUGAGCAACUUGGGAACCAGGCCCCUGACCCCUGGAGAGCGAGCCAGAGGUAGCACUCCCAGCAUAAAAAGGAAAAGACCCCUGGAAGAAGGAAAUGGAGGUCAUUUCUGCAAACUACAGCUGAUCUGGAAGAAGCUCUCAUGGUCCAUGACACACAAGAACGCAUUGGUCCAGCUGCAUGAGCUAAAACCAGGGCUGCAGUACCGGAUGGUGUCACAGACAGGCCCCGUACAUGCCCCAGUCUUUGCAGUGGCGGUGGAAGUGAACGGACUCACCUUUGAAGGCACAGGGCCCACCAAGAAGAAAGCCAAGAUGAGGGCGGCAGAACUUGCCCUGAAGUCCUUCGUUCAGUUCCCCAAUGCUUUCCAGGCCCACCUGGCCAUGGGCAGCAGUACCAGCCACUGCACGGACUUCACCUCUGACCAGGCCGACUUCCCAGACACACUGUUUAAGGAGUUCGAGCCUUCCUCCAGAAGAGAGGACUUCCGGGGUUGCCCUCCCGUCAACACGGAGUUUCUGUCCUCGGCCUACCACCGAGGGCGGCUGCUCUACCACACACUGGACCUCAUGGGCCAGGCGAGACCUCACAGGUACAGGCCAGCGCCAGGGGCUCUGGGUGACAGGAACCCAGUAGUGAUAUUGAACGAGCUGCGCUCAGGCCUGCGGUAUGUGUGCCUCUCGGAGACAGCCGAGAAACCGCGCGCCAAGAGCUUUGUCAUGGCCGUGUGCGUGGACGGGAGGACGUUCGAAGGCUCAGGAAGGAGCAAGAAGCUAGCCAAAGGCCAGGCUGCACAGGCCGCCCUGCAGGCCCUGUUUGACAUCCGGUUGCCUGGCCACACCCCUAGCAGGAGUAAAAGCAACCUCUUGCCCCAGGAAUUUGCUGACUCUGUGUCCCAGCUGGUCACACAGAAGUUCCAUGAGCUUACAGUUGGCCUGAUGUCCGUGUAUGCCCGCCACAAAGCACUGGCAGGAAUCGUCAUGACCAAAGGCUUGGACACCAGACAAGCUCAGGUCAUCGUCCUGUCCUCUGGGACCAAGUGCAUCAGUGGUGAACACAUCAGUGACCAAGGACUGGUUGUCAAUGACUGCCAUGCUGAGAUUCUAGCCAGACGGGCAUUUCUUCACUUUCUCUAUGCACAACUGGAGCUGCACUUGAGCAAGCAUCGUGAGGACUCGGAGAGAUCUAUAUUUGUGCACUUAAAGGAGGGAGGCUACAGGCUGCGAGAAAACAUCCUUUUCCAUCUCUAUGUGAGCACGUCCCCCUGUGGAGAUGCAAGACUCAACUCUCCCUAUGAAAUCACCACUGACAUAAACAGUUGCAAACACAUCGUCAGGAAAUUUCGAGGACACCUGCGCACCAAGAUUGAGUCUGGGGAGGGAACAGUCCCUGUUCGGGGUUCCAGUGCAGUCCAAACAUGGGAUGGCAUCCUGCUUGGGGAACAGCUAGUCACCAUGUCCUGCACAGACAAGAUUGCCAGGUGGAAUGUGCUAGGACUACAAGGAGCCCUCCUCUGUCACUUCAUAGAGCCCGUGUACCUUCACAGCAUUGUGGUGGGAAGCCUGCACCACACAGGCCACCUCUCCCGGGCCAUAAGCCACAGGAUGGAAGACAUCGGCCAGCUGCCUACCUCAUACAAGCACAACUGGCCUCUCCUCAGUGGAGUGAGUAAUGCUGAGCCACGGCAGCCAGGAAAAUCUCCUCACUUCAGCAUGAACUGGGUCGCGAGCAACGCGGACCUGGAGAUUAUUAACGCCAUGACAGGGAAAAGGAGCUGCGGGGGCGCAUCUCGGCUCUGCAAGCACAUGUUCUCUUCCCGGUGGGCCCGACUGUAUGGUAGGCUGAGCACACGGAUCCCAGGUCCUGGAGACAUGCCAGCCAUGUACAGUGAGGCCAAACUUGGGGCUCACACCUACCAGUCUGUUAAACAGCAGCUCUUUAAGGCUUUUCAGAAAACUGGUCUGGGUACCUGGGUGAGGAAACCACCAGAACAAGAUCAGUUUCUACUAACUCUCUAAGUCACCAAACUCCUUUGCUGCUGAACUAGAGUGAAAUCCCUGGAGAGGACGUGGUCGUGUAUUGAUCUGUUGUGUUCAUCGGUUCUCAGCAUUUGUUUUCCUCCAGUGGUCUGAAAACACACACAUAUCCAAGUUUGGAUGAGCAAUUAAAUUUGAAUUCAGGCCAUGAUACUUCUCCCCAGGUUGCUGGUACCAGGAGCUCUGUCCGUCGUAUCUAGAGGUAUAAGUGCCAUUGUGUUAGCUCCAUCUCUUAUUGGUGCCAUUGAAAGGAAAGUGUCUAUUCAAACAAAAGGAGCUAAGACACAGGACUGAAAAGAUGUACCAGUGUUGCCAUUUAACAACAAGCUGUAUACACCAUCCUGCGUCCUCCUUCCCCUGCUAUGGGCCUCACUAGUGAUGUAUUUGGGUUUGGGUCUCACUAGCACAAGAUGUGAUACUUCAAGAUAAGCCACAAGUGGAGAGAAAAGCCAUGGGUUCCACCCAAAGAAACCAAUAGGAAUGAUGUAUUGUCUUCAUUAUUCAUUCAGAUCUAUCACCUCCUUUCAGAAAGGACUUGAAAUGGGUACUAUUAAGAAAAGACUAAACUUAGAAGCAGAGAAAUGGAAAACAUUUUUGCCACACAAAGAAUCACUUACCCAAGGUACAACUGUGUUGUAAUCCAUGAUGUAAGAAAGCCACUUUAAAAUAUUCUACUAAAUGAGUGAUACAAAGCAACUCAAUCCUACUCAAUGGAUCGCAACUCUUCAUUUCUUUUUGUAACUAAUGAUAGCUGUUGAAGUUUGAAUUAUGUAUGACAUAGCCACUUCCCUGUAACCUUUCUACUAGGUAAUGAGGAAACUGAGUCUUGGACCAAAUUCUGACUUUUUGACUAAAUUCUUCUUAGAAGGUAAGCACACAUACACACUAUGGCAUGCAUGUACACAUACAUUAUACACACAGAGAAUUUAAAAAUCACUCAAGUCCUUUUAUUUUUUUCAAGCUUUUUAGAAAAAAAAAA